AUGUCCGCAACCCAGUUGCUAAACCCGAAGGCGGAGUCCAGGCGGAGGGGAGAAGCAUUAAAGGUUAAUAUCAGUGCCGGUGAAGGGCUUCAAGAUGUCCUCAAGUCCAAUCUAGGGCCCUCUGGCACGAUUAAGAUGCUUGUUGACGGUGCUGGAUCGAUCAAACUUACAAAAGAUGGAAAUGUCUUGUUGCGAGAAAUGCAAAUUCAAAACCCUACUGCGGUGAUGAUUGCGAGGGCAGCAACGGCACAGGAUGACAUCACUGGCGAUGGAACGACCUCCGUGGUCCUCCUUGUUGGAGAAUUGCUUAAACAGGCCAAUCGACAUAUAUCCGAGGGACUACAUCCCAGAGUUAUCACCGACGGUUAUGAAAUUGCCAAGGACGAAGCACUCAAGUUCCUCGAGACGUUUAAGCUUAAGCGAGAUAUCGACAGAGAGCUCCUCCUAUCCGUAGCCCGGACGUCUCUUGCAACAAAACUGAACCGCACUCUCGCAGAGAAAUUAACACCUGCCAUUGUCGAUGCCGUUCUUGCAAUCUACAAAGCCCCCGCCAAACCCGAUUUGCACAUGAUUGAGAUUAUGAAGAUGCAGCAUCGUACUGCCUCUGACACCAAGCUUAUUCGAGGUCUCGCUUUAGACCACGGUGCCCGCCAUCCCGAUAUGCCCAAGCGCGUGGAGAACGCCUUUAUUCUUACUCUCAACGUAAGUCUUGAAUAUGAAAAGUCCGAGAUCAACUCCGGAUUCUUCUAUUCAACCGCAGAACAGAGAGAUAAACUCGUGGAGAGCGAACGCAAAUUCGUUGAUUCUAAACUGAAGAAGAUUGUGGAGUUGAAGAAAGAGGUUUGCGGAAAUGACCCCAAGAAGUCAUUUGUCGUUAUUAAUCAGAAGGGUAUCGACCCCCUGAGUUUGGACGUCCUCGUGAAGAACGGCAUACUCGCCCUACGAAGAGCAAAGAGGAGAAACAUGGAACGACUACAGCUAGUAUGUGGUGGUACUGCCCAGAACAGCGUUGACGACCUCACCCCUGAUGUCCUUGGUUGGGCUGGCCUCGUUUACGAACACGAGCUCGGUGAGGAAAAGUAUACAUUCGUCGAGGAGGUUAAGGACCCCAAGUCUGUGACGCUCCUUAUCAAGGGCCCCAACCAGCACACGAUCGCUCAGAUCACCGAGGCAACCCGUGACGGUCUCCGGUCCGUCUACAACACUAUCGUUGAUGGAGCCGUCGUUCCAGGCGCAGGCUCUUUCCAGAUCGCGUGUGAAGCCCACCUUAAGUCAGCGGCGUUCCGCAAGACCGUAAAGGGCAAGGCCAAGUUUGGAGUUGACGCCUUUAUGGAGGCACUACUCAUCAUCCCCAAGACCUUAGCCGCCAACUCCGGCCACGACAUUCAAGAAUCCAUCGCCCUUCUCCAGGAUGAGCACUCCGAAGGAAAUGUUGCCGGUCUAGAUCUUAUUACUGGAAACCCAAUGGACCCCGUCCAGGAAGGUGUUUUCGAUUCAUUCAGAGUGUUGCGAAACUGCAUUGCAUCCAGUGCUGGUAUUGCCUCCAACUUGCUUCUUUGCGAUGAAUUGCUGAAGGCGAGACAGAUGGGCAAACAAGGUGGUCCACAGGGGAUGGAAGAGUAA